GGAGAUGCUCUUAGGACAUCUCCCCCAGCAAUAGCUGAGCCUUGUGUUCGAAGCUUCUCUAUUUUGCCCUCACAUGUCAUAUCAUAUUCGUCUAUAAAAUGCGCUUUUAAAUUGCUCUCGCUUUCUCAAUUCGCGAUCUAAUCGAAAGGGUUGUUUAUUUACUUGGAAGGUGUAGGAAUAGUGUUGGAACUCAGUUAUUUGAUAUCGUUGCGGUGGUAAAAUUUCAGAAAUGGACAAGGAUAAAUCAUUGAACCUAGGUGGGGGUGGGGGUUUACCUCCGCCUUCAGGCAGGUUUUCGCCUUUACCGCCCUCUGGCAAUGCUAUCCAUGUGAAAACGGAGGCGUUAGGUUCAACUGCAUUGCCUCCUCUGCCCCCUGAUAGUCUUUCGGAAUCUGGUCGAUUUGGUCACGGGAUGUCUUCAGACGUUAAUCAGUUUAGCUAUGAUAUAAGCCAAAUGCCUGAUAACCCACCUAAAACUGUUGGCCACAGACGAGCCCACUCAGAAAUUCUUACGUUGCCGGAUGAUCUUAGCUUUGAUAGUGAUCUUGGUGUUGUGGGUGGUAUGGAUGGACCUUCAUAUUCAGAUGACACAGAAGAAGAUUUGUUCUCAAUGUAUCUUGAUAUGGACAAGUUUAAUACCUCAUCUGCGACAUCUUCCUUCCAAGUGGGUGAACAUUCAAAUGCAUCUGUACAACCAUCAAAUAAUGCCCCAGUUUCUGGUUCAGCUGCUCCUGCAACUGAGAACAUUGUCUCUGCCUCUACCGAGAGACCUAGGGUCAGACAUCAACAUAGCCAGUCGAUGGAUGGGUCCACUACCAUCAAACCAGAGUUGCUCAUGUCAGGCACAGAGGACACUUCUUCUGUUGAAGCCAAGAAAUCAAUGUCUGCUGCUAAGCUUGCUGAGCUUGCUCUUGUUGACCCAAAACGUGCUAAAAGGAUAUGGGCAAACAGGCAGUCGGCCGCAAGAUCUAAAGAGAGGAAAAUGAGGUACAUAGCUGAGCUGGAGAGGAAGGUACAGGCUAUGCAAACGGAGGCCACAACUUUGGCUGCUCAAUUGACCCUGUUGCAGAGAGAUACAAAUGGUCUGACAGCUGAAAACAGUGAACUGAAGCUGAGGUUGCAGACAACUGAACAACAGGUUCACUUGCAAGAUGCAUUAAAUGAUGCUCUGAAGGAAGAAAUUCAGCAUCUUAAACUGUUAACUGGCCAAAACAUUGUGAACGGGAGUCCUAUGAUGAACUAUCCUUCAUCAUAUGGAGUGAAUCAACAAUUUUACCCAAAUAACCAGAAUAUGCAAUCAAUGUUAACUGCCCACCAAUUUCAACAGCUCAAGCUCCAUUCGCAGAAGCAACAGAAUCAAUUUCAGCAGCAACAAGUCCAUCAGUUCCAGCAACAGCAAUUGCAGCUGCAGCAGCAGCAACCAUCUCUGCUGCAGCAGCAGCAGCAGCCAUCUCUGCUGCAGCAGCACAGGGAACAACAUGCUUCUCAAGGUGGAGACACGAAAAUGAAAGGUUCAACAUCAUCAACCAAUCUGGGCGAGAGCUCUCCAGACAUUAACAUGCAUAUGUCAAAGGAUUAGGUAGGCGUUCCAGCAUUAGUUAUGUCACAACAUAUUGGUUGCAUUCGGUUUUUGGACCGAAACUUUUUUCCUGUGAUUUAGGUUAGAGACUAUGGAUUUUUAAGUUGUGUUUUAGGCAGUUUGAUAUUUGGGCUCAAAAUCUUUUUGUUGGUGCAUGUGUCGCAUUUACAUCUCUAAAGUCAUCUUGUAACCAGUGCACAUUCUGUUGGUUUAAUUUAUCUAACAUAGAGCAGUAUCCAGGUGUA